UUCUUAUUCGGGUGUGCCCUAAUUAGAGGUUUCUUCUCCCUCCGGCGAAUCUGUCAACCGCAUCGUGCAAGCAAUUUGGGGAGGUCUGUAGGGAGCGUUAAUGGCAGGGGAUGAGGACUCGUCCAGAUCCGGUGGUGCGGAUGCUGCUGCUGCUGGAAAUGGGGGGCCACCGUCUACCCCGGAUUCUCCGUCGUCCGUUGGAUUCAACACGGACCAGUUGCCAUUCAACACCAGCCAGAAUUAUACUGACGACGAAGACGAUGAUGAAGCGUCUGUGGAUCCUGAGAUCAUCAGAGACGAACCGGAGGAGGACAACGUUAACGAGGAAGAAGACGACGGGGAGGACCUUUUCAACGACAAUUUUAUGGAUGAUUAUCGGAGAAUGGGCGAGCAGGAUCAGUACGAGGCCGUAGGGCUUGACGAUUCAGUCGAGGAUGAGAGGGAUUUAAGUCAGAUUAUGGCGGACAGAAGAGCUGCUGAGAUCGAACUUGAGAACCGGGAAGCUCGUGCCUCUACCCGCAAGCUUCCUCAGCUUCUUCACGAUCAAGACACAGAUGAUGACAGCGUCAGGCCAUCAAAAAGAGUAAGAGCUGACUACAGGCCCCAGGGUACUCCAAAUGAUACUGAUGGAAUCCAAAGUUCACCUGGUAGAUCACAACAGGGGAACUCUGUUGAUGACGCCCCCAUGACUGAUCAGACAGAUGACGAUCCUUUUGAUGAGGAAGAGAAUGAUGAUGGUGACUAUGAGAUGUAUACAGUUCUUGGAACCCUACGAGAGUGGGUCACCAGGGAUGAAGUGAGGCGAUUCAUUGCCAAGAAAUUCAAAAAGUUCUUGCUCACCUAUGUGAACCCGAAGAGUGACCAUGGGGACUUUGAAUAUCUAAGACAGAUCAACGAAAUGGUCUUGUUUAACAAGUGCAGCCUAGAGAUUGAUUACAAACAAUUCAUCUACGUCCACCCGAACAUUGCCAUCUGGCUUGCAGAUGCUCCACAUUCUGUACUUGAGGUUAUGGAAGAAGUUGUCAACAAGAUUGUUUAUGAUUUGCAUCCUAAUUACAGGAAAAUUCAGCAUAAAAUCUAUGUCCGCAUUACCAACCUACCUGUCUAUGAUCAGAUACGCAACAUUAGGCAGAUACAUUUGAACACACUGAUUCGAAUUGGUGGAGUUGUGACUCGGCGAUCUGGAGUCUUUCCGCAGUUGCAGCAAGUUAAAUAUGAUUGUAAUAAAUGUGGAGCAAUUUUGGGGCCAUUUUUUCAGAAUUCCUACUCAGAAGUGAAAGUUGGUUCUUGUCCAGAUUGUCAAUCAAGAGGGCCUUUCACUGUUAACAUUGAACAGACAAUAUAUAGGAACUAUCAGAAACUUACUCUCCAAGAAAGCCCUGGUGUUGUUCCUGCAGGCCGACUUCCUAGAUACAAGGAAGUUAUACUUUUAAACGAUCUCAUCGAUUGUGCCAGGCCAGGAGAAGAGAUUGAAGUGACUGGAAUAUAUACCAACAACUUUGACUUGUCUUUGAAUACCAAAAAUGGAUUUCCUGUCUUUGCUACGGUGAUAGAAGCCAACUACAUCACCAAGAAACAGGACCUGUUUUCUGUUUACAAACUCACCCAAGAGGACAAAGCAGAAAUUGAAAAGUUGGCAAAAGACCCUAGAAUUGGAGAAAGAAUUGUCAAAUCCAUAGCUCCAUCAAUUUAUGGUCAUGAAGACAUAAAAACUGCGGUAGCUCUAGCUAUGUUUGGUGGCCAAGAGAAAAAUGUUGAAGGGAAACAUCGAUUACGUGGUGACAUAAAUGUACUCCUGCUUGGUGAUCCUGGCACAGCCAAAUCUCAAUUCCUUAAGUAUGUUGAAAAGACCGGCCAAAGAGCUGUUUACACCACAGGUAAAGGAGCUUCUGCAGUUGGUUUGACAGCAGCAGUUCACAAGGAUCCAGUCACCCGGGAGUGGACCCUGGAAGGAGGGGCUCUUGUUCUAGCUGAUAGAGGCAUAUGUCUUAUUGAUGAGUUUGAUAAAAUGAAUGAUCAGGACAGGGUGAGCAUUCAUGAAGCAAUGGAACAGCAGAGUAUUAGCAUAUCUAAAGCUGGGAUAGUUACAUCUCUCCAGGCUCGUUGUUCUGUAAUUGCUGCAGCAAAUCCUAUUGGAGGAAGAUAUGACUCAUCCAAGACAUUUUCACAGAAUGUGGAAUUGACGGAUCCAAUCAUUUCCCGAUUUGAUAUCCUCUGUGUAGUCAAGGAUGUGGUCGAUCCAGUAACUGAUGAAAUGCUGGCUCAAUUUGUAGUAGACAGCCACUUCAAAUCACAGCCUAAAGGUGUCAAUUUGGACAAUAGGCCUGUAAACAGCUCACAGGAUGACAAUCCAGCUUCUGCAGUACAAACUGAUUCUGAGAUAAUACCUCAAGAGCUGCUAAAGAAGUACAUCACCUACGCCAAGAUGAAUGUGUUUCCACGGUUGCAUGAUGCAGAUUUAGACAAGCUUACACAAGUGUACGCUGAAUUGCGAAGAGAAUCAUCUCACGGACAAGGGGUUCCGAUUGCAGUGAGACACAUUGAAUCCAUGAUACGCAUGUCGGAAGCCCAUGCAAGAAUGCACCUGAGACACCAUGUUACUCAGGAGGAUGUCGACAUGGCCAUCCGAGUACUGCUGGAUUCAUUCAUCUCAACUCAAAAGUUUGGCGUACAGAAAGCUUUACAGAAGAGCUUCAAGAAAUACAUGAUAUUCAAGAAGGAUUUCAAUGCAAUCGUACUGCACCUCCUCCGUAUUCUUGUGAAGGAAGCCUUGCACUUGGAAGAAAUUGUGACAGGAUCCGCAGCUGCAAAUCUCCCUUACGUCGAUGUAAAGGUGGAGGAGCUCCAAAGCAAGGCACUCGACUACGGGAUCAGUGAUCUGAAACCGUUCUUCAGCAGCAGCGAGUUUUCCAGCGCCAACUUCGAGUUGGACGAGGCACGUGGCGUUAUCAGGCAUCGUCUUCCUCGUUGAACAAUACGGUUUGGGAUUAAUUCACACAAUUACUACAUAUAUGAAAAUGCUGCAAUCAAUCUAAGCUAAGUUAUUUCUUAUGCUCAAUCUCACUCGCCCUCUUAUUGUGAUGGAUGGAUGAGUUGUUGACGAGUGUGGUCUAUAGAACAAAUGUUCCGUCGCUUAUUAAAUGUUAAUCAAUUACCAUGACAUAUUUGCUUAA